CCUUUAAUUGUAUACACACGUACAGUUUCCUACAAACACUGCUCCUAUUUCCGUUCCUCACAAAAUCCAGUCAACUACAUAGUCAAUCAGAAUUCCCAAUUAAUGGAUGGAGGAGCUUCCGGCGGCGGCGGCGGCCCGGCGCCUUUCCUGCUGAAGACGUAUGAGAUGGUGGACGACUCUUCAACAGAUGCGAUCGUAUCAUGGAGCGGGAGCACGAAGAGCUUCGUCGUCUGGAAUCCACCGGAAUUCGCCCGCGUCCUCCUCCCUUCCUACUUCAAGCACAACAAUUUCUCUAGCUUCAUCCGCCAGCUCAACACAUACGGAUUCAGGAAGAUUGAUCCGGAGAGAUGGGAGUUUGCUAAUGAUGAAUUUGUGAAGGAUCAGAAGCAUCUUCUUAAGAAUAUUCAUCGUAGAAAGCCUAUUCACAGCCACAGUCAGCCUCAGGGUCCGGUCGAUCCUGAAAGAGCGACAUAUGAGGAAGAAAUUGAUAAGUUGUCCCGUGAGAAGGCUGCUCUCGAAGGCAAUUUGGUGGGAUUCAAAGAGGAGCAGUCUGCAGCUAAGGGACAAUUGGAAGACUUAACGAAGCGUAUAGUUAGCAUGGAGCAGAGACAGGAAAAACUACUAAGCUACCUGAAUAAGUCAGCUCAAAAUCCUCAGUUUGUUGAACGCCUUGCCCAGAAGCUCGAAUCAAUGGAUUUUUCAGCGUAUAAUAAGAAGAGGAGACUCCCCGAGUCAGAUGGUGUCCAGUUGAUUCAGGAGACUGUUUCGGUUGAAAAUCAUAGCAGCUGCAGGCCUGAGGUUGACUGUACAGAAGAAGACCUAGAAUUCUGCAAUAAACUCAGGCUGGAGUUAUCUGCAACUAUUUCCGAUGUCAACUUGCUUUCACAUAGCACACAGAGCUCGGACGAAGACGAAAUAAGCCCUCAAGGCAGAAUCGAGGAAUGGCCAAGAGACAUCCAUAUGAGAACAGCAAGUUUCAUAUGCCCCCCUGAAACGUUGGAACUAUCAGAUACCGGUGCUUCUUCAGAUUUACAUAUGGAUACAUCUUUGUCGUGCCCAAAACUGCACUCCUUGCAUAAUAGCCUGACUUCAAAUGACGAAGGUGAUGAUCACCUUUCCUGCCUGCUGAACCUCUCUCUUGCUUCGUCUACUCUGGAGCUCAACAAGAGCCAGAACUCCACGGUGAUGCCUCAAUCAAGUUCGGAUAUGUGUACCUCAUCACUGCCUAACAGUGACAUUGUUGAUGCUGGCCAUCACUGCCUAGCAGUGACAGCUGAUAGAAUUCGCCGGGAUGAGGUUUUGGAUUCGUCUUCCUCACCUGAUGCUGCCAAGCAAGCACCUGCAAUGGAGCAGAAACGGGUGAAUGAUGUCUUCUGGGAACAGUUCUUGACAGAAAGACCCGGCUGCUCGGAUACUGAAGAGGCCAGCUCUUGUUUAAGGGCGAACCCUUACGACGAACAGGAAGAGAAGAAACCAGUGACCGGAGUGGCGAGAAACACUGAAGGUAUAGAACAUCUUACACUGUAGGUAAAUUUUAAUGCUAUGUUUUAUCACUUUAUGGAAACUCAUAUGUUUGUUUUGUGUAAUUUUUAUUACUCAUAUGAUCAUCUGCUCAUGAUGUGUAAACCUUGAAAUCUGGCUAGUGGUUAUUAUAAGAAGGAAUUCUCCAUUUGAUUUUUGUGAUUA